AUGAAGUUUUCCGUUGCUUUGAUCGUAAUUUCUGCAGCUUUCGCUGUAUCGUUAGAGACCCAAAAAGGGACUUUAGUUGAAGAACUGACGGAAAAUACCUUCGAUAAUUAUCUUACGGUUUCAAACCUUGCAAUUGUGGAUUUCUUUGCACCGUGGUAAGUUUAUUAAUGAGUUAUCUUUCUAUUUUCAAGUGCAUUUUCCCAAAAUUUCAUGACUGCAAUAAAAUCGCAAUAGACAUUUGCAAAAAUUACAUUCAACGAGAGCGAAUUCGCCAUUACAAGGUUCUUCAAAGUUCAGCGCCUUAUAAAUCAUUAUUUUUAUGUAAAUAUGCAGGUUAUAAUUUUCGUUUGGGUUUACCAGUGAACCAUAGCUGUUUAUCAUUCGUCUUUCCCACGAGGAAGAUGAAAAAAAAAAUAGCAGUUUGGCAAAAAACGGACACUUUUGAAAUAUUAAAUUUUCUGUUAGAUUCCCACGCCAGAACCCGAAAUAGCUAACUUUAGUUAAAUAAAAUUUUUCAAAGGAGAUCAAGAACCGAAAAAAGUUGUAGUCGUGUUCUCAGCCACAUCGCUUAGCAAAGACUGGAAACUUUUUAAGAUGUCUUGUGCAAAACACAAGAGUUUCAUAAAUUCCAACACUUGGUCAACUGCCAUUUUAAAUACAAAAGAGUGAAACAACCCUAUGGCUGAGAGGACAAGCAUUAUAGCGCUGUCACGUCAGUUCCGAUAGCUCAAGUUAUUUCUGAAAAGUUUCAGUUUAAAUUGUUCACUUGACCCGCGACAAUUACCUGUGAUGCGCGACCGGGGACAUGCUCUCUUCUUGAACCAUUGUUAUUUGUUGGAAACCAGAACCGAUGAUCACGGUAAAACACUUUACGACCAUGAAUUGCGAAAGGCCUAAUUGGUCUAGCGCACUCUUAGCAAUCAAGGCCGAAACAAACGCUGAUGCCAGAGGUUAAUUCGUCCUUGAUUGAAUAUAUCUUUCGCCAGUUUUAAGCAAUGUAAAGGAAAAAACGGUGACAUUUCUUUACUUCAGAUACGAAAGCUACAGUCGCCCCACCAUUCACCCCACCGUGACUAUUUGCAUCCUAAAAAAAUCUACCAGAAUCACCCCCACGGGGAGGAUUUGUCGUAUCGUCUGUUUUGCCGAUGGUUUAAAUCUGCCGCUCGUAUGAUAAUCGGAAAUUUUGAAAAAUCCCGCGUGUAUUUUAAAGCUGUUUCCGCCAUUGUUCCAAGGUAGCCAUAUACCGUCAUUGUAAUCGUUAAACAAAGCCUGCUCAACUUUCAGCUGAUCCGCUUUUCUUGAUACGAUUAACGCUGGCGAGGAAAGAUAGACGAUGACCAUUGGCAAGAAUUCUACUCGUAGCUUUUGUCAUUGUGUUCUCAUUUAGUGGUUUAUGCUAGAAUGAAAGAACAGGAGCUAACCUAGAGAGAGGGUUCAGGGAGUCCAGAGUCCAAACAACCCACUUCCCCCCCUUCUCGUUUUAAGGUCGCGGGUUUUUCCUAUUACUAUAAUUUAUGAUAUUAUUACCCACCCAAACAUAUAUAUAUAUAUAUAUAUAUAUAUAUAUAUACAUAUAUAUAUAUAUAUAUAUAGGUAUAUAUAUGUGUGUAUAUAUAUAAAAUAAGCUCAGUUAUGCACGCAUUCUGAUUGGUUCUCACUUAUGAUCUAUUGGAGGACAGACAUAUAGAUGACGUCAUCAUUAAAACUUUUUCUAAUUCUUUAUUAUAUAAAACAAACAGAUUCCAAGUUGCCGUGCGUCUAUUCAGUAAUAGAUCACGGAGGACGUUAAAAUGUGGUAAGAACAUCAGUGAUACACUCGGCUGCGCCUUAUGUGCCACUUUUUUGUUCUUACCACAUUUUGACGUCAUCUGCGAUCUAUUACUGAAUAGACGCACGGCAACUUGGAAUCUGUUUGUUAAAUAUAUAUACAUACAUAUAUAUUUAUUAUUAUUAUUAUCAUUUAUAUUAUUUCGAGUUUGCGUUGCUUUGUUCAAAAGGAAGGGGGCAAAAUAAUACAAUCUCAUUGGGGAGGAAGUGUAUUCAGGGAGAAGCAAUUUUAGACCACCUAUCAACAAUCCUUGCAGAAUGACGCGCAUUGUUGACGUUCUAUUCAUAUUCAGGGUCCCUCCUCUGCAUAUAACAAACCUAGGAGGAAAUGAAUGUUUAAGUACGCCUUACGAAAGGGAUUCUAUUAAUGUAUUUAUACAACAAGUUAUCUUCCAUUUCACAGGUGUCCUCACUGCAAAUCGUUUGCGCCUGAAUACGAACAAGCUGCAUCAAAGGCACAAGCCGAAAAGUUGAAUGCUUUUUUCGCAAAGGUACGUAUUUUUGGGCUAUUUUUUUUUUAAUCAUUUGACAAGCCAACAUUAACCCUAACUUGUUAUCAAUUGACUGUUGUUAGGUUAGGGGAGGGGUAGGUGGGCAGUUGCCCAGAUACUGAUAUUGAUCCGAUUGUUUUUUGCAAUCCACGGACGAGUGGGAGAAAGUGCGUGACGAGCGCGCUCAGAGAGACACAACCUCCAUGUGUAUUUCCUUUUAUUUUACGAUUACUUUCAUUUCUAUCUUUCUUAUUCGUUUCCACACUGAUCCACUAUGGCUUAUCAAAUGGUGGUCAUCGAGGAAAGGCAUAAAAAUGCGCUUUCUUUGCCAUAUUACGACGCUUUACAUCGUUUACUUUGUCGUAAUCAGCGCCUGCGCAGAAACGCUGAAAGAUCGACGACGAUGGCAGGGCAUUUUAAGACUUUGGCUUUUCCACGGGAAGCCCAAGUAAUUAAUCAGAAUUGAAUGAGUGAGUGCCAAAAGGCCACUUGACUGCUCCCCACGCCUCAGGGAAUGACUACGUCAUCCAGGAGCUAAAAUUGUCGCGUGUUAGACAGGCUUGUUAGACUGAACAAUGGAAAUCAAACCUAUCCGUCGCAAUGGCCCUAUUUUGGAACAGCUAUUUCAGGGUUUCAGCAAGACAUUAUAUUCUCCUGGGUUUCAGUUAAUAAAUUAUCCAAGAAAGCCACGCAGGUUCCCUUCAAAAUUUCAAGAAAGUGAGCGUAAGAAAGGGGGUACCCAUACAGGUUUUGGGACUUGUUUGAAAAGUUCAUUCAGAAAGAAAACGAAGAGGAGAGACGCAGUUGAGACAGGUGGAUAUAAAAUUCGAACUGAGUUUUAUAUAGUGGCUGUCAUAUCCAUUUUAUUUUCAGUUAUGUUUUCGAAAAAUGUAUGUAAAAAAAAUACUUGAAUAUGUUACUUACCAAAAGGCACAGUUUUUUGCGCCCCAUUUGACGCUUAAACUUACGUUUUAUGUAUCAUUUUAUGUACCAUUUGCAUGUACCAUUUGCAUCUACCAUUCUUAUAUACCAUUUUUAAUGUACCAUUUUUAAAAUUGGAGGAAUCCAGCGAGGCCACGCUCUAAAAUAAACCCUGUAUUUAGGAUUUCAAGACUUUCUUCUUCCUAUAAUUAGUUUUUAGUUUUUUCCUUUGAUAGGUGGACUGUGCAGGAAGCGGUAAAAGCCUCUGCAGUAAAUUGGAAAUUAAGUUUCUGCCUACGGUCAGACUGUUCAGAGAUGGUAAACCACUUGGAGAUUACUCAGGAGAGAGAAGUGCAGGUAAGAAAACUUUUCAAUUUAUGCCAAAACAACUGAAAACAACCAAAGGGAGGUUCAAACUUUAAGUUUGUUUGGGGAUUUUUUUAAAGAGCUCAUUUAAAGAUUAUUAGAAGAAGAAAAGAAAAUGAUCAGAUCUAAUUGUUCAUCUAUUGUUGAGACCUUAAACUUACCAAUCAUGUAGGAUUCUGUUGCAAGGGGUUUACUUCCCUGAGCUCUUUGACUUGUCCAGAAAACUAGCGCUACCCUCGGCUCAUCCAAUCAGAUGCGAAACUGAAACCAUUCAUGACUCAGUCGCUCACGAUCGUGUUUUGACCCUACUUUGAAAAAAAUCUGCUUUUCUCACCCUCUGGAAAUAUCUUUCUGGGUGAUUCACAAAUAGUUUACUGAUCAGUGAUACCAAGAAUAGGAAAUAUUGCACCUAAUCUGAAAAAAAAUCCUCAGAAGCUAAGAAACUGCGCUUUUUGUCAAUAAGGCUAAACGAGGCAUCAGUUAAGUCACAGUUUUGUGCAUCUUACAAAAAUAUAACCCAAAUCUUUUUUAGUUUUUCUUUUGAAAUUAGUGUUCAGCCUGUCUAUUUUAAGCCACUAGUGUUUCCCUAUAGAUUCUCAACGAAUCAAUUUUAAGAUGAAAAUCAAACAUGAUUUGAUCAGUCUUGCUAUCCUGCGCUCAAGACAGCUUGCUUGUUAUUACUAUGAACUCUCUUUGGGUCCUCGUAGCGUCUUCUUUAAUCUGAUUGACGAAAUGAGUAUUUUAGUUUUUAUUUUACGACACUUAAAAGACGAGAGCUCUGAAAGACCGUAUUUGGUGUGUUUCUUUCAGAUGCCGUCCUAGAGUUUCUGCAGAAAGCAAUAAAAGCACCAAAUGACAUGAAAUUGACGAUGUCUGAUGACGUCAGCGGGACACCACCUGACGUCACACCUUGGCACGCGGAUGACAAGAAAAGCCAUUGA